UCCGGGGCGGGCCGGAAGCGGCGCACUCGCGGUCGCGUUUAAACCACGCAGGGCCGCGCCGGUGCUCCGACCCCGGGGCCGCGACCCGCAGGAACCCCCUUCGGUCGCCCGCGCUGACCGCCCGGCCCCACCAUGCCCAUCCGCGCCCAUUGCACCAUCUGCUCCGACUUCUUCGACAACGAGCGGGACGUGGCGGCCGUGCCGUGUGGGCACACCUUCCACCAGGCCUGCCUCUUCCAGUGGUUUGACACUGCCCCGAGCCGGACAUGCCCACAGUGCAGAAACCAGGUCAGCAAAAGACACAUCAUCAGUAAGCUGUUUUUUGAUGUUACCCUGGACGAGCAAGCAGCACCAGAUGCUGAGACCUUGCAGAAUGAACUGGACAAGGUGAAGGCCCAGCUCUCCUUGAAAGAGAAAGAAAAGCGGGAAUGCCAGGCUGUUGUGGACGGGCUGAGGGACACUCUGGAUGUGCGCAAUGCCACGAUAGAGUCGCUCCAGAAGAUGCUGGGAGAGACAGAGAUGCUGUGCUCCUCUCUCAAGAAGCAGAUGAAAUUCCUGGAGCAGCAGCAGGAGGAUAACAAAAGCUCAAAGGAGGAGGCUCGCCGGCUGCGAAACAAGCUGAGAACCAUGGAGCGGAUCGAGCUGUUGCUUCAGAGCCAGCGCUCAGAAGUGGAGGAGAUGAUCAGAGACAUGGGAGUUGGGCAGGCAGCGGUGGAGCAGCUUGCAAUCUACUGUGUCUCCCUCAAAAAGGAGUAUGAGAAUUUGAAGGAGGCUCGGAAGAUCUCUGGUGAGAUGACAGAGAAGCUGAAAAAGGAGCUGUUUUCUGUCAAUAAUAAGCUGCAGAAAACGACUUCAGAGUUGGAGAAGACAAAGGAGGAGUUAAAAAGCACACAGAAAGAUCUGAAGAAUGCAGACAAGGAGAUCUUGGUGAGAAUAUCUUUCUUCGUGGCCAGGUGCCAGUUACUGCAGAGUUUGAAGAAAAAGAUAGACAUCCUGCAGGAUACUCUGAAGGUCCCAUCUGUAACCAGGGAAACACUCAGUCGGCUAGUCUUGGAAAGCCCUGCUCCCAUGGAAUUGCAGCAUCCAAAGCUCCACCGCCCGGCCCACAGCGAUGAGAUCAAUCUGGAUGCCUCGUUCGAUGUGGCCACCCCUGAGCACCAGCCCUGCACAGCUCCCAUCGGCCCUGCAAAAAGGCAGAAGCUGGAUAAAAAGCCGCCUCCUGUGGUAAAUCUGGCGAAGAAAGUUCUGAAGGAAGCAGUGGAGAACGGGGCAGAUGAUCUGGAGGAUGAUGAUCUUAAAGGACUCUUGCCAGCAUUCAUCAGGAACUCUUUUCUCUCCAAGAAGCCAUCUUCGAGUGGUUUGCUGGGUUCCCACAGGAACAUGGGCUCUGUGAGGACGGGCUACGACGGCAUGGGAGGCAGGACAAAGUUCAUAGAGCCAACAAACCUAGCAGAAAUCCAUCCAUUACCAGUUAGGUGCAAAAAGAAGGUCUCCAGACCAGCAUCUGCAGCUCCUGCAUUUUCCUCCAGCAGCAGCCAGGCCAGAAUGGACACUUUCCUGCUGUGAGAGCCCCUGACUUCCUGGGAGAGGCUUGGAGAAGAGACUGCAGGGCAGAGCACGCUUCCCAGAGCCUGGCACGAGGCAAUGUGCAGCCAUCCUGCCUGGGGUACUGUUCACAAAGCACUGAUGCUGCCCUGUGGGUGAGAUGAGCUGCCCUGUGGAGAAUCCUGCCCUUGAAGCAAGCCUCUGGAGGCCAAGCCUCUGGCUGUUGCCUGGACUGAGUUACCCUCAUUUUACCAUUCCUUCCUCCUUAUUUUUUCAUGCAGAAUUAACAGGGUUUUCUUGCCUUCUGGCCUCCUCAGAGUUCUGCAGUUGCUGCUGCUUUGGGCUCUCUGGCACCAGGUGGAACUGCACUUCUUGGAUGCAGCCACAAGCUGGAGGUGCAGGAAGGGUGUCUGGGAUGUCAGUCUGGAGAGCAGCAGGGAGAAGGGACCUGGACCAGCUCCAUGCCUGGUGUAAAUAGUUCCAAGGAAGUUUACUGGAGGAAGAAGUGUGUAGAGCACCCUGUAUGGCUGUUGAAUGUCUGUAUAUUCAUCAUCAAAUUAAACACCUUCCUUUACCCACAGGCCUGUUGGGGCUGGGGAGAUCCACAGGUGGACUUGGGAGCUGUGUUGCCCUGCCCCAUUCUGGAUCAUGAAGUCCACAGUGGUCUUGCAGGCUUGACACUGAAACUACUGACUUGGUAGGAAAGUAUUGGGGUGACCCCUGCUGCAUGUGGAAGCAGAGAUAGGUGUGCUGGUGUGACCUUUGUGCUUGGCAUGUGUGGGUUUGAAAUGUGUUAAUUAAUUUCUGUGUUUUGAUAAGAGUGUAAGAGUAUUUUUAUUAUUUUGUAACUGUUCUAAGUUGUGAUGACAGGGUUUGGAAUGGCCUGGAGAAGUGCUGAAGAAUGGCUCCCUUCAGGGGAGGGGGAGGCUGAUGGGGCUGAACAUGUCUGGGUUCUUCAGCUUGGAGCUGUGGAACAGGAGGUCCACACCUGAAGCAGGGCUGUCCAAGCUGCAAGGAACAGCUGUGGUGAGGCACCUCAGAAAGCACUCUCCUGUACAAAUCUGACCUUUCCUAUUUCCAGCUGCUUCAGGCCAAAUCUGUAUUACUGGACUGGCUAAAAACAUGUUUUUAGGGAAUAAAAUAUAUUACUGUGCACACUUGUUA